AUGCCUCGCCAUUCAUUAAAAAACUUCAGCAAAACGAAUGUUCCUUUAAAUGACGAUGCCUCGGAGCUCGGAUCGCGUAGAAUAUCUUUAGUAGACUCAACAAGAAGCAAAACCUUAAAUGUUUCUGUAGGUAGUAGCACUCCUGUAAAAGCUUUUAGCUCCGGUAUUCAAAACACGAAAAUGGCAACCGAUAACAAAAUUAAUUCUAACGAUAAUUGUAUGCUUGAAUUAAUCGAUUAUUUUCAUGAGAUGACAUUAUUGAAAGAAGGCGAUUCUAUAAAUUUUCAAAAGACUUCACGUAUUUUGGAUGGAUGUGUAAAGAUUUACACUUCACGCGUUGAUUCUGUAGCAACAGAAACAGGAAAACUUUUAAGUGGAUUGGCAAAUAGCUCCGAAAAUGACGAUAACGAUGAUAACGAUGGAGAUGGUGAUGUUGAUCCUAGAAGUCGUACUCUUAAAAAGACUACGACGACAUUGGCUAAAGAUUAUAGUGCAUUGUCAAGAGAUAGCAUUUUAGAUGUUGAUUUAUUCGAUGAAGUCGACAUGAAUCCAGAUACGCGAUUGACAGAAAAAGAUUUUGCCAUGGCUAUGGCCAGUAAUGAAAACGAAUCGUAUAAUUAUUCUGACUCUGCGUUCAUACGUAAUUGGGCGGGUCCUGACAUUGGAAGUCAAAAAGAACAAAUAAAGUUAGCUGAGGAAGUAUCACAUGGUCACCUACUUCCCGACGAUAUGCAUUUUUCGUCAAAGCAAUUCAAUCAUCUAUUCUUAAAACCUAAAUUUAUGCUUAACUCGAAACACCAAUAUAAAGCACAGCCCGAGCCCGUUUCCGAUGAUGAUAGAACCGAUGUUAAGAAAUUGAAGGAAAAUAUAUGGAAAAUGUUAGCUGACAAUACGACAUUUUCGGGAGUUAUUUGUGAUCUAAAGAAAGAAUAUCCUCAAAAAGAGAUGAAAGAUAUUUCGGUACCGUUAUGUUUUGUUAGUUUAUUACAUUUUGCAAACGAGAAAAAUCUGGAAAUUUCAAAUAAUGAUGAAUUAACAGACUUAUAUAUUGUUAAUUAA